AUGGAAUCCGUAUCUUCACGCGGUAGCGACGUAAUCGGCAAUCUCAAAUCCCCGUUUGCUGUUUCGCAUUUCCUGACCGUUGUGUAUUUUGCCUUCGGAUUCUUCUUCUCGAGGCUGUUCCUCGAUAGAUUCGUCUUUCAUAGGAUAUCUGUAUGGCUUUUGAGAACCGGUUCUUCGCCACUGAAAUUGAACGAUGCGACUCGUGUGAAAAUCAUCAAAUGCAAAGAGUCCUUGUGGAAAUUGUUAUACUAUGCUGGUUGUGAGAUUUGUGUUCUUGGAUUGGUUUAUCUAGAGCCGUGGUUUGGUGAUAUAAAACUUUACUUUGACGGAUGGCCAAAACAGGAACUGAAGUCAUCUCUAAGGCUUUACUAUAUGUGCCAGUGUGGGUUCUAUGUAUAUAGUGUUGCUGCGUUGAUUGCUUGGGAGACAAGAAGAAAGGACUUUGCUGUUAUGAUGUCUCAUCACAUAAUCACCAUCAUCCUCAUUGGCUCCUCUUACUUAGUGGGGUUUUUCCGAAUUGGAUCAAUCAUACUCGCCAUUCAUGACGCGAGUGAUGUGUUUAUGGAAUCUGCUAAAAUAUUCAAGUAUUCGGGAAAGGAGCUUGGAGCAAGUGUGUGUUUUGGAUUAUUUGCUAUUUCUUGGUUCUUGCUGCGGUUGGUGUACUUCCCAUUUUGGAUCAUCAGGGCUACGAGCUCGGAACUACUGCGAUAUUUGGAUAUGACAUUGGUUAAAGACACGUUGAUGUACUAUGCGUUCAACACAAUGUUGCUAAUGCUAUUAGUUUUCCACAUUUAUUGGUGGUAUCUCAUCUGUGCUAUGAUCAUAAGACAGCUUGAAAACAGAGGAAAAGUGGGAGAAGACAUAAGAUCAGAUUCAGAGGAUGAUGAUUAG